CGAAAAAUACGAUCAAAGAGUGAUUGGGCUAUGUGGUAGACGCCCAAACAGUAAAAAGCUAACAUUCAAUCAAGUUUCCACACCUAAUUGACAUCUAAGCAAGAGAAGCUACUAGAAACUAGAAACAACUUUGGCGCUUUAAGCACACAAGUGCACAACUCUCAAUUCUUCAUUUCUUCUUUUCCGUCAAGUUCUUAAAUCCUCAUAAUCAUCUUUUCGACCGUAAUCUUUCGAAUAAUUUCAGAAGACCUUCAAAGUUUCAGUAAGAAACAAUGGAGGAAUCUAAACUAAAGCAACUGAAGCAAUUCGUAGAACUCUGUAAAUCAGACCCUUCCAUUCUCUCCGACCCUUCUCUUUCCUUCUUCCGCGACUACAUCGAAAGUCUGGGAGGGAAGCUUCCUGCUUCCGCUUAUGGAAAAUCGAAAUCGAAUGCUGGUGAUGAGAGUGACGAGGAGGAUGAAAUGGCGAAUACAAAACCUUAUGUGGAAGAAGUAGUAGAGGAAGAAGAAGAGGAGGAAAUUGUUGAAUCUGAUUUAGAAUUAGAAGGUGAUACUGUUGAACCUGAUAAUGAUCCUCCUCAAAAGAUGGGUGAUCCUACAGUCGAGGUCACAGAUGAGAACCGUGAGGCAGCCCAAGAAGCAAAAAUACAGGCAAUGGAAGCCAUAUCUGAAGGUAGGCUGGAGGACGCAAUUGAGCAUUUGACGUCUGCAAUUACACUCAAUCCAACAUCAGCUAUAAUGUACGCUACUCGAGCUAGUGUUUAUGUCAAGAUGAAGAAGCCAAAUGCUGCUAUCCGAGAUGCCAAUGCUGCCUUGGAGAUAAAUCCUGAUUCUGCUAAAGGUUACAAAUCCCGUGGCAUGGCAAGGGCAAUGCUUGGUCAAUGGGAAGAGGCUGCAAAAGAUCUGCAUGUGGCUUCCACAAUUGACUAUGAUGAAGAAAUAAAUGCUGUCUUGAAAAAGGUGGAACCUAAUGCACACAGGAUUGAAGAGCAUAGGAGGAAGUAUGAUAGGCUGCGCAAGGAAAGGGAAGAAAGAAGGGAUCAGCGUGAAAGGCAGCGCAGACGGGCUGAAGCACAGGCUGCAUAUGAGAAAGCCAAGGAGGAGGAGAAAUCGUCUUCAAGUAGACCUGGGGGCAUGCCUGGAGGCUUCCCUGGAGCAGGAGGCAUGCCCGGAGGCUUCCCUGGAGCAGGAGGCAUGCCUGGAGGCUUCCCUGGAGCAGGGGGCAUGGCUGGAGGCUUCCCUGGAGCAGGAGGCAUGCCUGGGGGGAUGCCUGGAAAUGUUGAUUUCAGCAAAAUCUUAAAUGAUCCUGAGCUGAUGGCAGCCUUUAAAGAUCCAGAGGUCAUGGCAGCGCUUAAUGAUGUAAUGAAGAACCCGGCAAACUUGGCCAAGCAUCAAGCGAAUCCGAAGGUGGCUCCAAUAAUAGCCAAGAUGAUGAACAAGUUUGGUGGCUGAUUGUGAAGAUAUAGGUUCAAAAGUCAAAACAUGUCAAAAAUAGUAAUGGUUCUCGUUGCAAAUAUUAAUAGAUUAGUCGUAGGUACUAUACUUUUUGUGUUAAAUGCUCUUCCGGUUUUUGUCCAUGUUUCAACAUCGUUGAACUUUUAUACAUUGCAACCCAACAGAUAAAUGAAACUUUUAUUUUGGGUCAGAACAUAUGUUGUCCAUUAAAUCUAGAGAUGAAUGCUGUUAUCUUGUAUUUUUUUUAUUUCUAGCAUUAGUUUAUGGAAUUAUCCAAAAUGUGCAGCUGUCAGAUGUUGUCCUAAUAGUUGAGCUUCAAUGGUAGAGUAUUCUAU